UACAACGCACCGGCAGACGCGUCAUGCCAACGACCGCGAAUACUCCGAAGGACAACUGUUGAAAGCGACACUUUUUUUUUUCCGUCCCCUCGCCGUCAAUUUUUGUGUUUAUCUAAUUUACGUCGUCUCCUCUUUUCAUUAUUUUUUCCCCGCUUCGUCAGAGAGUGUGUCUACUAUGACGUCUCUGCCGUCAAACGUAGAGACGAAUUAGAAAAGCAAAAAAAAAAACUAAAAAAAAAAAAAACCACCAACAUCAUUGUAGUCCGUCCCGCCACCGCAACAUGAUCCGACUCUUGGUGGGACUCUCGGCGCUCAGCGUGGCACUGACGGCGGAGGCGGCGCGUCCCGGUGGCAGCCUCAAGAAUGCCGUCCACAAUCUGGAGAGCGAUCAGUACAAAGACUCCAGGAAGUGCCCGAUGCCUUUGCCGGCGCUCAAGCGGGCGAUCAAGCGGCACGCCGUCAAGCGUCAACAGGCGACGUCCAACAGCGGCAACCACAACAGCUACGAGUACUACGACGACAGAGGCGGCGGCGGCGGCGGCGGGGAUAUCGGCGACGGUAUCCUGGAAGACUACUACGAUCCCGACCUGAUCACCGAUCCCAGAGACAGGAUGGUGCCGGUAAUUUUCAAUCCACGUCCGCUGUACGCCGCACCGGCUCAUUUGACGCCACAGCAGCAACAGCAACAGCAACAACAGCAACAACAACAUCAGCAGCAGCAGCAACAAUCACAGCAACCGUCUCAGACGGCGCAACAACAGUUCUACGACGAACAACAGCAACAACAGUUCUACGACAACGAGCGUCUACCGCUGCCAAAACAACCGUACAUUUUGCCGGACGAGAACAACCAGAUCGACAACCCGUUCGAAAUACCCAUUAUCGGUAAUUAUCAAAAUGGCGCCAUCAAACUGAACCAAGCCGUUAUUGCUGCACUAGCAGAGUGUCCGCCGACCGAAGACGGAUUCGAGCGAUUCGCCUGUCCCACGCCCGACAAGGAAGGCCGGUUCAGGUGCAUAGACGACCACGUCAUGUGCGACGGGUACAUAGACUGUCCAAACGGCGACGACGAAGAUAGAAAAAACUGUUUCUUCUUCAAAACAACCAAAGCUCACUUGGACAUUUUAGCGGAUGCCCUGUUACGGUGGGCGAGAGGACGUUAGAUAUGCGCAAAAUGUAAAUACUUGUUUUUUUUUCUCAGUCUUAAAAAGAAAAAAGAAAAAAAAAUUUUUUUUUGGAAAAUUACAAACGAAAUACCCUCGUCUUCUAUGCCUUCAAUUUUUGAAAAUUAUCUAUUGCCGUGGUAAAGUUAUAACUAUAGAACUAUAGGUAAGGACUAAAAGAUGUCCGGAAAAUGGUUUCUAAUAUACAUUUUUUGUAAUGUAAUUUUCCUGUGUGUACCUUCGAUACAAUAUAUAUAUAUAUAAAAAACAACACAACAAUAUAGUAUUGAAAAACUGAUGAAACCAAACUAAAUUAUGAUAUACAUUUACUUUUCAAUAGAUAAUU